GAAGUGAUGUUCGAUUGUGCUAUAACCAACAACAACAACAGCAACAUGCAUAAUUAUACAGUAUGUGUGUUUCAUUGCCAAAGCAACGUUUACGUGUGAAUUCUCUCUUGGGAGAGAGCAAAUAAAUAUAAAAUACACAUAAAUAAAUAAAUAAAUCAAAACCAAACAACCAAACAUCAAAUAGCAAAUUACAAACAAAAUUCAACAACAACAAAAUAUCGAAAGCAAAGAAACGAGACGAAAGAGAGUUCAAUAUUUGUGUAUCCGUGUGUGUUGUCUCUCUCGCUCUCCCUCGCGUGUGUGUCCAUGCCUAUAUCUGUGUGUGUGGUGUGUGUGUGUCAGAAUCAAUAAUAAAAAAUAAUAUCCAAAAAAGAAGAAAAAUCAAGCAAGCAAAUGUGCAAAAUACUAAAGAAUUUCCAAGUCAACAACAAAUAACAACACCAGAUAAAUAACAAUAAUAGCAAUACACUACAAGCAAAACGUUGAGAAAAUGAGGAGCUGCUGCUGUGCGAAGAAAACAAGCCAAGAACUAUGACGCAUCAAAAUCAUCAGACAAACGGCGCAAGUUUGGAGGAUUGCCACACAAACUUUUAUGCCUUGACUGAUUUAUGUGGAAUAAAAUGGCGGAAGUUCGUUAACGGGGAGCGGCCGAACGCAUCAAGCGAUCCAUUAGCGGACCCGAUCCUGCGCUCCUAUUCGCGAUGCAUCCAGGCGGACAUGCUGUGCGUGUGGAGGAGGGUCCAAUCCACGAAGACGGACAACGCCGACCCGAAUGCCUUAACCUUCGAGAUCACCACCUCGACCAAGGUCCACCCGCCCCUUUCGCUGGCCGCCGCCAAAGAGCUAUGGAUCUUCUGGUACGGCGAGGAGCCCGAUCUCAGUGAACUGGUCGACGCCGAGCUGCUCAGAGUAGCGGCCAACCAAGCGCUUUGGAAUGGCACAUGGAAAGGAGCCCUUACUUACGAAUGCCGAUCGCUGCUCUUCAAGGCGCUGCACAAUCUCAUGGAGCGGUUCGUGCUGACCAAGGACAUUGUGCGAUUCGGUAAAUGGUUUGUGCAGCCCUGCACUUCCAGCGAUCGUCUCUUUGGACGAAGCUCCCAACACUUGUCCUUCUCAUUCACGUUCUUUGUUCACGGUGACACCGUCUGCGCCUCCAUUGAUCUUCGCGAGCAUCCCGCCGUUCGUCCGCUGACCAAGGAGCAUUUGGCCGAGGCGGCGGCUGCCUUUGCGGCGGCCAGUUCCCCGCCAGGAUCGGCAGGAUCUGGGGCGUCAACGGGCGGAGCAGUGCCUAAUCCUGGUCACGAUGCGAAUGGGGCCGGCAUGGAGCCACUGGAUGGUGGGGAAGGAGCAGCCAAAGCGGCGCCGCCGGCCCAUGCACGCAAGGUGAUGUUGGCCCCAUUUGGAAUCGCGGCCAUACUCACCGGCAACAGCUACAAGGCCAGCGAUCCCAUAGCCGAGAAGAUCCUCGAGGAUUGGGCCUCGUUUUUUCCGCUGUGCAAUAAGGACAACACGGAUGUGCCACCCGUGGUGGAAGUGGUGUCGGGUGGUCAUAAGAUGUAUCAUCCCACGAACUACGUACUAGUCACAGACCUGGACGACAUGGAGCACAUGGAGUUCGUCGAGAUGCAGAAGAUGCAAAGCUCGGUGGGCGGAGCGGCGGCUGAGGCAUCGGUUUUGGCCUCGCUUUCCUAUCCACCGGGUGCUGCAGCUGCUCCUCCAUCCCUGGGAGCGGGUCCUUCUGCUGCACCGAUUCCCGUGGGUCCUGCUUCUCUCAACGCUUCAGGAGGAGGAGGAGUAGGAAUUGCCUCCGCCACAAGCGCCUCCGCCAAAGAGGUAUCCCGCAAGGCAGCUCCUCAGGCGGUCAGCGCCCUGGAGCGUCUCGCCUUCCAGCCCUACUACGAUCAACGGCCCACCUCGGGCUUCACCUUUAAUACCAACAAUACUCACAUACCCGCCUCGGCUGCCGUGGAAAUGCCGGAACGAACUUGGCAGGAUUGCGUGAUGAACACGCUCCAUGUGGAUGCAGCAGCGGCGGCAGCAGCGGUGGCAUCUUCAGCACCUUCCUCCGGAACGGGGACAUCGGCAGAUGGCGACGAGAAUGAGCAGAGCAAACCGCUGCAGCAGGAUUCCAAGCAAUUGGUGCAGCAGCAGAUUCAACUGCAGCAGCAACAGCAACGACAGAAGCUCUGGAAUUUUGUGGAUCCCAUGCAAAAGGCGCCCUGCAUAUGCACCAACGCCCAAUACAGCAGCAUCAGUAGCAACACCAACAGCAACAUUAGCAACAUCAGUAACACCAAGCGACAACCGCAACCGCUGGGAUCGCCGGCAUUGCGAGCAGCAGUUACCGGUGCCAGCGGCAAUAAGUCGUCAUCAUCGUCAUCAUCGUCGGCGUCGUCCUACCAGCAACAUUACCACCAGCAACAUCUGCAGCAGCAACAGCAGCAACAGCGACCGGGAACACCUGUGCCACCGGCAUCAUCAGCAGCAGCAGCAGCAGCAGCAGCAGCUACAUCGCAUCAUUCCAGUUCCCUGAGCAACACUUCCGCCUCCAAUUCUUCCGCGACCGCCCUCCGGCGUCACAAUGUGCCGUUCCACAAGCGGUUGCUCCAUUCACUGGCAUCCACCGCCUCCUCCUCGGCGACGUUUAGAGCCAAAAACCACAGCAACACCACAACAGACACCAAUAUACCAAAACAAAGACAUCUGGGGAAUACACCUCAUGGAACGCCACAUGGCGGGGCCUCAACGUACUCCCGAAAUUCCUUGGGCGGCGACUCCUCAAUGCCGGUGGCCUCCGUGGAAUCACCGGCCACACCCGCUCCCUCUCCACAUCCCAAUUCAGCCCACUCUCAACCGACAUCCGUGCCGCCCGCUGAGCAACUACUCAAUAUGAGUCCGCAUGCGCCCACUUCCGUUUCCAAUCUGCAGCAGCCGCCGACGCCCAUCGACCACCUGCUGGACAAAAAUACACCGGCGCCGACGCCGACGGACCAGCAUGACAACAAGAGCAUUACGGCCUCGCCUUAUGUCCAUCAGACGCCCAGCGUGGAGCCACCCUCCUAUACGGAUCAUGCGGCCGGCGGCGGAGCAGCUGGUGGUGGGCAAUCCAUGGGCACUGGUCCGGGCAGUGUGCCCGCCCAGCAACCGGCCACGCCCACAGCAGCAACAUCAGCUGGUGGAACUGGUUCCUGUGGAGGUGCGAACGCAGUUGGAGGCAAUGCAGUGGGUACCAUCAGUGUGAAGAAGCUGGAGAUGCAGCAGCAGCAGCAGACGCCAACGGCAGCAAUGGCCAUCAGACAGGAUGCAGGUGCUCAAGGCCGGGGGACAGGAGGUGUCACCUCCACCACGGAGGCCAUGAACAACCUACGGCGACUGUACAGCCCGCCGAAGUUGACCCUAAAGGAUCCGGAUAGCUUCUACGAUGACGAGUGGCUCAAGGAGGUCAUCUACGACUUUCAGUACCAGGAGAACUGGGACUAUCUGACGGUGAAGCGACCGAAACUGGAUAAGCAACGUAGGCCAAGGUAUGCGAAGAACCUCUACGAGGGACAUACACAUGUGAAGCCGCUGAUGCCGUCACCCGGAUCCGUUUAUGGCUCGCAGUUGCUCUCCCUGGAUGUGUCGGCAAAUUUGGCAGGCGGAGGAGGGGUUGGAGGCUCAGCGACGGGCACUUCCAGCGGCGGUUUAGUGGGCAUUGCCAACAGUACGGCGAAUGGCAGCGAUGCAGAAGCCGACAGUGGCAGCAGCUUCUUCCAGGGAUUGGACAUUAAGACAGAGCCCGGUUUGCACUCGCCCAACUGCAAGGAGACCUCGAAAUCUUCGGGUGGUGGAGGGAACAGCAGUGGCGGGGGAAGCGGUGGCAAUCUAUUCACCGCCGAAGGGCUGAAUCCAUCGCUCAACGAUCUGGAGCAGUUGUUCGAGACGAGCUCAAACGAUGAGUGCAGCAGUGUGCAGAUACACACGCCGCCCGAUUCCAAUAAUCCCUCGAACGGCGGAUGCAGUGCUGUGACCAACACGAUCGAAGACCUCAAACGGAGCACCGCGGUGGCCAGUGCGGUGGUGGCAGCGGCAGCGGCGGCAGCAGCAGCGGCGGCCUCGGGAGCGGGCAACAUCCAGGCGGAGGAUCUCACCAAGAUGUUUCCCACACCGCCGUCGCACGAGCAGCAGCACCCCAACUCGAGUCCCUGCCAAACGGACGUGGUCAUGACGGAUCUCAGUGUGGACACCACCACCACAACCAGUAUAAGCAGCAGCAGUAGUAUCACCACUACCUGCAACACCACAAUUACGAGUAGUAUCAACACCACCACCACCACCGGCAAUUGUAGCAAUACCAGCAACACCAGCAACACCAGCAAUGCCAGCAAUACCAGCAAUACCAGUAUUAUCCUGGCAGCCGUACAAGCUCCCGUCACCGUGGUGGCCAUCCAGACAGUCUCCAAGCUGGUAAAGCAGGAGUAUAACCUGGAGUUGGGUAGCCCGGUGGAGGAGCCCAUCGAUGACUGGAACUUUGUCUAUCGACCGCCGCAGCAGGAGAAGUUUGUGGGCUCGACGCGCUAUGCUCCGCUGACCAACCUGCCCAGCCAAACGCAGCCGCCAUUGAGUCUGCCGCCGGGAUGCUUUUAUCAACCCACCUGGAGCAGUCAUAAAUCCAGGGCAGCCACUCUGGCCAAGGCAGCGGCGGCUCAACAGCAGCAGCAUCAGAAGCAUCAGGCCCUGCAGCAGCGCAUCCAGUUGCAUCAGCAGAAGUUGCAGCAGCUCCAGCACCAGCAUCAUCAGCAACAGCAGGCGGCGGCCGCAGCAGCAGCGGCGGCGGCAGCGGCAGGAGGAGUGGGCCACCAGAAGCACCAGCACCAGCAUCUGCAUGAUCUGCUAUCGGCGGCACCAAGGACACCGCUAACGCCCUCGACUGUGCCCCAACCGUUGAGCAGUGGCGGCAGUCAGUUGCUGCUGAAUCAGCUGAAUUGCCCACAGGCGCCGCCCGGCAGCUCCAUGCAGCAGGUGAUGCAGCGUGCGGGAAUGUCGCCCAUUUCACCAGGUCCCGGCAUGGGUCCCUACGGCGCCCGGAGCAGUCCCAUGUCGAGGGCGACGCCCACGCAUCCACCGCCGCCAUAUCCGUAUGACCUGGCCGUGGCCAGUCCGGCCACCUCCACGUCCUCGUACUUGAACCGGCCACUUCACUCGCAGGAGCAUCCGCACAUGCAUGGUAUGGGCGUCGGCGGCGGUGGCGGCGGAGGAGCAGGUGGCGUGGGUCCCAUAGGAGCUGGAGCUGGAGCUGGCGGACACAUGGGCAUGAUGCCCUACACUGGCGAUGCGGGCAUUGCCAGUGGCGGCACCGUGAUGGCAGCCGGUCCUUCCAGUUUGCUUCAGGAAUUGCCGGAAGUGAACUCUGUGCUGGUGAACAUCCUGCUCUACGACACGGCCCUGAAUGUCUUUCGGGAUCACAACUUUGACAGCAGCAGUGUGUGUGUGUGCAAUGCGGAUACCCAGAAGAUUGGCAAUAUACGGGGAGCGGAUUCCGGCGUAUAUGUACCCCUGCCCGGCGUUAACUUCAAUCCAUUUCCGACAGGUGGCAGUGGAGGUGGAGGUGUAGCAGCGGGAGCUGCGGGAGCUGGACAGCGGAUAUUGAAUGGACCCAGCUCGGCUGGUUUUGGCGGCAUGCGGAUGAUCAGUGCCUUUGGGGGUUCGCCGGCCUCCGCCUCGAUGCCCGGAGCUGGCUCUGGGCAUGGCCAUGGUCCGAACGGCGGCUCCAACUCGUCGUCCUGCACGCCGCCCAGCAGUAAUCCCCACAUCACCGGCUAUGUGGACGAUGAUCCCGUGGAGUGUACGUGUGGCUUCAGCGCAGUUGUCAACCGCAGACUCUCCCAUCGCGCUGGACUCUUCUACGAGGAUGAGGUGGAGAUUACGGGCAUAGCGGAUGAUCCGGGCAGGAAUAAGCAGCCCUCGUUGCUCAGCAUCAUCCAGAGUCUGGGCAGAAAGAACCAGAUCAAACAGGGUGGUCCAGGCGAAACGAGUUCGGCUUUGGAGAAAGCCGGAGCGGGAGGAGUUUCCGGUGGACAGCUGGAGCAACUGGCCCAUGCCAUCUUUGACCUGCUGCUGGAUCAGUGCUCCAUCAUCCAGACAUCUAGCAGUUCCGUGCACAGAGCUCUUCAAGCGCAUCGGAGACGAAUGUCCCGACAGCGGAGAAUCUUUGGCACCAAUGGAGCACCCACCGCCUCGUUGGCCUCGAUUGCCAAUGUCCUGGAGUUUAUGGAUGCGCACGACGUGAUCAGUUUGGCCCUGGAACAGGCGCGAUUGGCAUUCGAGAACCAGCGGAUGGACAACAUGAUGGACUUUCACGGCAACGGCAGCAGUAGCUCCCAUCAGCAGCAGCAACUCACGGCCUUUCAUGCCCCACCGCCGGCCCUGCGACACAAGCUGGCGGGGAUUGGCGCUGGCCGGUUGACAGUCCACAAGUGGCCAUAUCUUCCCGUGGGAUUCACGCGCAGCAACAAGGAGAUUGUGCGCACCAUGAACGCCAUACAGCCGAUGCUGCAGAGUGCCUUCCACUGCAAGUCGAGGGGUGGCUCUGGCUCCAAGGAUGCCAGUUCGUACAAUACGGUGAGUGGACCGCUCACCUGGCGGCAGUUCCAUCGACUGGCAGGUCGGGCGUCCGGACAAUGUGAGCCGCAACCCAUACCCUCUGUUGUGGUGGGCUACGAAAAGGAUUGGAUAUCGGUGGCACCGCACUCCAUCCACUACUGGGAUAAGUUUCUCCUGGAACCCUACUCCUAUGCCAGGGAUGUGGUCUACGUGGUGGUGUGUCCGGACAACGAGCAUGUUGCGGGCUGCACUCGCAGCUAUUUCCGCGAGCUAAGCAGCACCUACGAGAUGUGCAAGCUGGGCAAACACACGCCGAUUCGCGGCUGGGAGGGCAUUCUGCAAGUGGGAGCUGCUCGCAAUGUGCCCACAGAUCGGGAAACCACCCCGUUGGACGAUUGGUUGCGCACUCUCGAGCACGCUGCUCUGGCAGAGCAAAUUCGUCGCUAUGCCGUGGCAUUUAUUCACCAGUUGGCUCCAUAUCUGAGCCGAGUGCCUAAUGAUAAAACGCUGCUGAAUCCACCGGAUGGCACGGGGAACUCCAACUCCAAGGGAGGCAGCUCUUCGUCUUUGAACACCUCUUCAGCCACUGGUCUGCCUGGCGGCGACUUGCCCACGGAUAACAUCAAGCUGGAACCGGGCACCGAACCGCCAGUAGUUCAGCCGAUGGAAACCACCGAAAUAAAGCAGGAGGCGGGAACGGGAAAAGGAGCCUCUGCUGCAGCUGCAGCUGGUGACACUAAACCAGCUCUGAUCCUGGGCGAUCCCUUGGGCAUGGGCGAGACCUUGGAGGACAUCAACCCAUCUGCCAUUGUUCUCUAUGUGGUCAAUCCGUUCACCUUCGCCUCGGAUAGCUGCGAACUGGAGCGACUGGCCCUAAUUGCCCUGCUGCGUUGCUAUGCGGAACUCCUGAAAGCCGUUCCCGAUUCGGUGCGAGCGCAGAUGAACAUCCAGAUUAUAUCUUUGGAAUCGGUUAUGGAACUGGGACCCUGUGGCAAUCGAAGGCGUUUCUCCGACGAGAUCAAGUGCCUGGCUUUGAACAUUUUUUCGCAGUGCCGGCGACAUUUGGUGCACGCUCAGUCCGUGAAAAGUCUCACCGGAUUUGGAACGGCCGCCAAUAUGGAGGCCUUCCUCAAGACCAAGGACGAGCCCAAUCGCCGGGCCUACAAAAUGUACACCGCUCCCUUUGUUCUGGCGCCGAUGCACGAGCGGAAUGACAAAACGGACUUCUCCAGAUCGGCGGGCAGUAUGCAUGGCCAGAAUGAACAUCGCUAUUCGGUGAUGUAUUGCAAUUACUGCCUGAGCGAGGAUCAGGCUUGGUUGUUGGCCACCGCCACAGAUGAAAGGGGCGAGUUGCUGGAGAAGAUCUGCAUCAACAUCGAUGUGCCGAAUCGUGCAAGGAGAAGGAAAGCUCCCGCCCGCUAUGUGGCACUCAAGAAGCUGAUGGACUUCAUCAUGGGCAUCAUCUCGCAGACAUCGCAGAUGUGGCGUUUGGUCAUCGGUCGCAUUGGAAGAAUUGGACACAGCGAGCUCAAGUCUUGGAGCUAUUUGCUGAGCAAGCAACAGCUGCAGAAGGCAUCCAAGCAGUUCAAGGAUAUGUGCAAGCAAUGUACACUGAUGUAUCCACCGACCAUUCUGAGUGCCUGCCUGGUGACCUUGGAACCGGAUGCCAAGCUACGCGUGAUGCCGGAUCAGUUUACGCCGGAUGAGCGCUUCUCACAGAUCUCGAUGCAGAAUCCAUUGGCGACGCCGCAAGACGUUACCUGCACCCACAUCCUGGUCUUUCCCACCAGCGCCGUCUGUGCGCCCUUUACCCGCCAAUUCCAGAAUGAGCCGCAAGUGGAGGAUGAUUUCCUUACCUUCGAAGAGGAGGGAAACGAGGACUUCAGCGAUGCGGAUAUUGGGGAUCUUUUCUGGGACACCCACAUAGACAGAAAUUCCAAUCAUGGUAGUCCAGGACGCAUGGACGACAAUCGCAGUUGGCAGAGCGCCGGUGGCAACAACUUUAAGUGUACACCGCCCCAGGAAGUGGAAGAGGUUGGUUCGCUCAAUCAGCAGCCGAUUUCAGUGGGCUACAUGGUGUCGACCGCGCCGACGGGUCGCAUGCCCGCUUGGUUCUGGUCCGCCUGUCCGCAUCUGGAGGAUGUGUGCCCCGUGUUCCUUAAGACAGCCUUACACCUGCAUGUGCCCAGUAUACAGACGGCCGACGAUAUCCUCAACUCGACCAAUGCCCAUCAGUCGGCCAACGAUCAUCCGUUGGACUCGAUUCUCACGGCGGAUGUGCUGCGCUUCGUCCUCGAGGGAUACAAUGCCCUCUCCUGGCUGGCCCUUGACUCCAAUACGCACGAUCGCCUCUCCUGUCUACCCAUCAAUGUCCAGACGCUGAUGGAUCUGUACUAUCUGACGGCGGCCAUAGCCUAAGGUCCCGGGAUUUAAGAUUUCAGAUGUCAGACGUCAGAUUCCAGAUCUCUGAUCCCCGGAUCACUUCAAAACACAAUCAAUCAAUCAAACGCAGUCGCAUGCUUCCGUUUGCAGAACUUCCACUAGCUAUAUCAACCUCAAUGAACAGCAAAAUAGAAAACCGAAAAGAUCUUAAACAGAAUCAACACUAAGCAACCAAGAAUCGAAGUUAACAGAAUCCAAAAACACCAACAGAACAACAAGAGCAAUAGCAGCAGCAGUUAACGCAACGCACAGAUUACUUAGCAUAAUCAACAUGAAAACAACACUAAAACAAA